GAGGGAUUAGGACUAAUGCGCUAUUUACAAAAGCUGCUACUAAGACGACUCCAAGGGACUCGCAACAGCAGCAGCAUGCAUAAGCAACAGCUUGAGGUACCCCCCAUUUGUUCUGCCGAAUCGCUGAAUGCCUUAAAGCUGGCGGAGCAAUGCCUGCAACAGGGCAAGGUGAUUGCGUUGCCCACAGAUACAGUUUAUGGUCUGGCCUGCGAUGCCAACAACGAGCAGGCCAUACAGCGUCUCUACGAAAUCAAAGGAAGAGAUGAACACAAACCGGUGGCCAUUUGCGUGAACGAUAUUGCUGCACUGCGUCGCUAUGGUCAGGCGAGCCACUUGAGUGACGAGCUGCUAACUCGGCUGCUUCCGGGGCCCCUGACCAUCAUCGUCGAGCGUACGGCGCAUCUGAGUAAUCGGUUCUUAAAUCCAAGCACCAGCAAAAUUGGCAUACGGAUACCCGACUUCCAAUUCAUACGGAAUCUGUGUGCUAGUUGGCAAGAGCAACCCUUGGCGUUGACCAGUGCAAAUCGGUCUAGUGCACCAAGCAGUCUGGAAAUCAAUGAAUUCCAUGCGCUUUGGCCACAGCUGGGCGCUAUCUUUGAUGCCGGUCGCAUUGGACAAACGGAGGAGCGACGUCUGGCCUCUACAGUUAUUGACCUGGCCAAGCCGGGAUGCUAUCAGAUCGUGCGCUCUGGAGUGGCUCUUAAGCAGACACUAUCAGUAUUGCACGAAUUUGGCUAUGUCAAUCAUUUAAUUUAAAUAAAUUCUAAUUAUUAUUAUAACAAUAAAUUGGGAACA